UCAAUAGGAGGUGCGCAGCUUCGAGGUCUUAGCAACGGUUUUGGUAACAAGAUUCAUACUGCGAUGACCAGCGUUCAAAUAAUCCUUACUGUCGUCAUGAUUUGCUGCUCCAGCGCGACUUCGCAAACAAUGGAUAGCCAUCUGAUGCAAUUAGCCAUGCGAACUAUUGAUAUCGUCUACAAUUCUUCGCUGAAAAUUGACGAUAUCCACGAAAGGCUCACUGAAAUGGAAAACCGGCUAGCGGUGUGCCAACAAUGUGCCAAGAAAGAGCUUUUGGAAGACUUCCAGAACACUUCAGUGACAGUUUUUCGAAAAAUGAACUCAGCCAUCGAAGCUUUUGUUGCUAAAGACCAUCUUCAGGAGCUAAAGGAUGUUCUCAACACAGAUGAAUGUGAAGGUGGAAAACACAACUGCAGUGAAAAGGCAACGUGUCAUGAUCUCCCCGUUGACUUCACUUGCAUAUGUCUCCCUGGAUACUCUGGCGAUGGUUUUACUUGCGUUGAUAUUGACGAAUGCCAGACCCACGUCACUGGCUUAUGUAAAGAGAAUGAGUCUUGCGUCAAUACUAUCGGAAGUUACGAGUGUACUUGUUUGGAGGGUUUCAGUAAAGUGGGAGACACCUGUGAAGAUAUUGACGAGUGUCGGGAAGGUACGGAUAGGUGCCAUCGCCGUGCUGUUUGUCAGAAUACCAUAGGAGGAUAUUCGUGCCACUGCAGACCUCCUUAUUCAGGCAAUGGAUUUACGUGCAAUGGGCUGACCUGCUCAAAACCAUCCCUACCAACGGAGAAGCACGGCUGCGUUACGCUGAAUUCUGCUCCCAUGAACUGGCUGUCUGCAAAUGAUUAUUGCAAAAGAAAGGGAAUGAGACUCAUGGAAGACAUCGAGAGACAGGAUAUGUUGGCCCUUCGUGAUCACUUUAAAGAUGCCAUGUCCAAUGUGACGCAAGCCUGGGUUGGUUUUACCGGGAAAAUAUGGAUGACGUCAAAAACUCCUGUGUCCGAAAAUCUUUUAGCUGUGAAUGAAGGAACAUUGGAUUCAGGAUGUGGAUUUUUGGACAUAAGACCCGACAAUUCUUUUGGAUUGUGGGAUUAUCCUUGUACAGGAUAUGGAUUCUUUUCAUUUUGCCAAUCCCUCUGAUAAAACAGUCGUCUAUAUGGUACAUAUCUUACAUAAAGAUUUUUUGGAUUGAA